AUUAUGAAUUAAGCAUUUACAAAAGAGUAAUAGUUAUUAGUCGAUGAAAUAAUAAGCAAGGGUUAUAAUCAAGAUGAUUUUGAGGACUUUGUUUUACUCAAAGAACCCAAUAAAGGUUCAAAUCAUUUUUUAUUCUUUAGGUUAAGAUUUAACUUAAUGGACCUAUGAAGAAUUAUUGAAAAUCAUCUAAUUAUAUCAAUAAGAGAGUAACAAAAUAUAAUUAUUAUAUAGAAAAAGAACAAUUAUCAAAUUCAUAUCAAAUAGUUGAACUUGAUUCUCCAGACAUUUCUGAUCAAAUUCAAAUUAUUGAUAGAGAUACUUUUGUUAAAAAAUAAACUUUGGAAUCCAUCAAAAUAGUAUAUUAUUUUAUUAAUUUAUAUUUAGACUGAUAAAAUAUCCUUGAUUCAAUUUGAAAAGACAAUCAAUUGUAAAUAAAUGUAUUUUUUUAUUGAUGAAAACAUUGAACUCUAAUUUGAUAUCAGUCCGUAUUUUAUUCUAAUAACAAUCAAGUCCCAUUCAAGAAGGAGGUGGCAUUCUAGAUUUCUUUUCAAAAUCUAUUGUAUUUCCAAUUCAAAUAUUCCCAAUGGAAUGGAAGGUAAAAAGAACACUUCAAGAUUUUAUUCAACUUAGAAACAUACUAUCAGCUGCUUUUCCAGAAUAUAUUGUAAAUUAUUUUAUUAUUUAGAUUCCUUCUUUUCCUUAUAAUGAUAUCAAUGACUAUGAUAUUAUUAUGAAAGAACAAUAAAAUAUUAUCAAAGUAUUAAAUGUAAUAUCCAUUCUAUCAUUUUAUAGGUAUUCCUAUAAAUAUAUAACAAAAAACCUAUUGUUAGAACAUUGUUUUCAAGUUUACUAUUUUUAAAUGAAGAUAAUUCAAAACAAUUUUAAUUGAAAUUUUACAAAGAAUAAACUUUAUAAAAAUAAUACAAUUUGAAUUAAAAACAAACUAAAACUGGUACUCUUACUUUUUAAUUCAAUCAAACUCAAUAUCAAAAAUAUAAAGAUUAUUAAAUAUAUUUAAAUGGAGAAUAAGCAAAUUAUGAAAUCAUAUAAAAAUAUUUAGAAUAAUUUGCUGAAUUCACUUAUAAAGGUUAAUAAAGUCUUGGUUACUCUAUAGAAAUGAUUUAAUCUUUGUGUAAUUCACUUCCAUUAUAUACAGAAGCUUAAGAAUUUGGAAAAGCUUUAUGUAUGAUUAAAACAUAUUUUGUAAUUUGAAUUCAAUAUUUAGAUAGCAAACUUAAAAAGAUUUUGUAUUAAGAUCAACAAAAUAAAUAAUGGAUGUCUUAUUAAUAACUUUAGUUAAAUUUAAGAAUUCAAGAUAGUAAUUAACUGAACUUAGAACAAAUUUGUUAGAAACUUUUUAAAAUUUUUCAAAUGAAUUUAAUCUCUUAGAAAAAAGAAAGGAAGAAUUAUUUUUAAUAAGUAAAUGUGAAUUAAAUAUAAAUUUAGAGGAUCUAUAAAAAUGGGGAUUGAAUUAAGAAUAAUAACUUAAGGUUGAUAUAAAUAAAUGUUUUACUGAUUUGAAAUAUGCAAAAGAGAUUAUGUUACCAAAAGAUACAUUCUAUGUAGAUGAAAAAAGAGAUCAAUAUGUUUAUAUGUUAAAUAAAUUUAAUGAAUAAUAUGAAUAACAAUUCAUUAUAGAAACUGAUAAACUACUUAAUGAAAUUUAAUAUUAUUUAGAUAAUAUGAGAUGUUAUACUAAUAAUUAAGUAAUAAAUUAUUUUAUUAAUAGCUUUAAAAUUGGGAUUUCUUAAUUUAAGAAUAUGAAGAAUAUAAAAUAUCUUAUUAAAAAUAGAUAUAUGUAAAAUGA